GGAAGUGGAGCAGUUGUUGUAGUUUGGGCGGAAACGGCGCGCGCGGUGACAGCUGGGAACUUCAACACACUCAUACCGGAAGGCAACGCAGACUGGGAGCCCGUAACACACCCAUUCAACAUCAAAAGACUACCUAGGACCACUUAAAAACACUUCAGACAUUGACGGCAUGGCAGAGCUGACGGGUCUAGUGCAACGACUGGAGUUGGCUGUGGGCCGUCUGGAGGCCAUGUCCAGUUCUGGGGGUGGAGGAGGCCCUGCUGCCCCUUCUGGAGUGGUGGCAGCAUAUGUUGAAGCCUAUGACAACUUGAUCUCUGGCCCUGUGGCUCAGUACGCUGCCCUCAGUCAGAAGAUAGGGGGUGAUGUCCAGAAGCACGCAGAGAUGAUGAAGCAAGUGUUCUCUAUUCAAAGACAGCUUCUGGUCACCGCUUCCUGCUCUCAGAAACCUUCUGAUUCUAUCCUGACUUCUCUGCUGGCUCCUGUAUCUAAAGCGAUCCAGGAUGUGCAGGCGUUCCGAGAGAAGAACCGCUCCUCACCUUUCUUCAACCACCUCUCUGCUGUUAGUGAGAGUGUUCCCGCCCUCGGCUGGGUUGCCAUGGCCCCAAAGCCAGGCCCCUAUGUGAAGGAGAUGCAGGAUGCUGCCAUGUUCUACACAAACCGUGUGCUCAAGGAUUACAAGGAAAAAGAUAAAACCCAUGUGGACUGGGUCAAUACCUAUGUGUCCAUUUGGACUGAGCUGCAGGCCUACAUCAAGCAGAACCACACCACUGGACUGAGCUGGAGCAAGACUGGUCCGGUUGCUUCAGCCUCUGGAGCUGCACCCAGGGGAGCAGCACCAGCCCCACCUCCCCCAGGCCCCCCUCCACCCCCCAUGGACUUAGACAAGUCAUCAGGCGGAGACUCUAGACCAGCCAAUUGCAAUGCUCUUUUCGCUUCCAUCAACAAGGGAGCUGAUAUUACUAAAGGGCUGAAGCAUGUGUCUGAUGACCAGAAGACCCACAAGAAUCCUACCCUCAAAGCCCAAGGAGUUCCUGUGCCCUCUGGACCCAAACCCUUCUCUGCUCGCCCCACAGCAGCUGCCAGCCCAGCCCGCACUCUGCCCCCAGUGCUAGAGCUGGACGGCAAGAAAUGGAAAGUGGAAAAUCAUGAGGGUGCCCAAGGCCUUGUGAUCAGUGACACAGAACUCAAACAGGUUGUUUAUGCCUUCAAGUGCAACAAAAGCACUUUACAGGUGAAAGGAAAGAUCAACUCCAUUACUUUAGAUAACUGCAAGAAAAUGGGGCUUGUCUUUGAUGAUGUUGUGGGUAUUAUUGAGGUGAUCAACUGCAAAGAUGUAAAGGUCCAGGUUAUGGGUAAAGUGCCAACCAUCUCCAUCAACAAGACAGAUGGCUGCCAUGUUUACCUGAGUAAGGACUCCCUGUCAUGCGAAAUCAUCAGUGCUAAGAGCUCUGAGAUGAAUGUUCUGGUGCCCAACAAAGAUGGAGAAUUUACUGAGAUCCCAGUCCCUGAACAAUUCAAAACUGUAUGGGAUGGUAGCAAGCUGGUCACCACAGCAACUGAGAUUGCUGGAUAAAGGAUCAAGCUGUGCGAGAUCACCCCCAUUACAGUGUCCUACCUGACUGACCAAUGAGCUUGAAUGGAAUACCAACCAGAUCCACACUCCUAUCAGCCAAUCACAGCUGCAAUUGUAUCUUCCUUCUACUAGUGAAAUGACUGCUUGCUUUACCAGAAGCACUUGCUCAGCCAAUGGCAGGGACCCAUUGUUUUUUAUUUUAUUUUUUUUUACAUUUGAUAAAACAAAUAAAAAAGAAAUUGAUUGCCAACAGGUAUUUUGAUGAUUUUGUUUGUUUUUAUUCUUACAUCUGUGCUAAGCAAAAUAACAUGUAAAUGGCCAACAAAAGGAAGUAAAUCAUGUUAUCAUAUCUGUGUAUUGGGUUUUGUAUUUUGUCUUUUACAUUUUCUGGUCAGGAGGGGGCAUGUGUUGGGGAGGUCACCGCAGUUUCUGUUUGACAUAUGCAAUUCAGAUCUGAAGCACACCAAUGUCUCUCUAGAUGACCAACUCAGACAUUUACUGUAACUUUAUUAAUUUUUCUAGGGAUAAUUAUAAUAAAGAUUUGUGUCAUCUUAGAGGACUAAUUGGAGGCAGCAAUUAGUUACGUGCAGGAUCACAUUUAUAUUUUCGAUCAUAACACAAACAAAAUAUUGUGUUGGUAAAAAGAUAGUUGCUAUAGGAAUUCUCUCACUUUUCAUUUCAUAAUGGUUUCCAGAGCACAUGGCACAUUUCUUGUAAUAUGAAUAAAUUAACAUUUCAUAGUUCAUGAUGGAAAGCUUUUUGAUGUCUUGAGUAUUUUUGGCAUAAACUGGAGAAAGAUACAUGUUAUGAUGAUUAUGGUACUGUCCAUGUUGAAUUGAGGGCUGCCUUGUUUGAUAUCUGAUGACUAUCUGCUGUAAUAACUUGUACAGAUACUGGCUUUGUGAACUAUGUCCACCUCCUGCUCUCUUCACAUGCUUUAAACUAGUUUAUGCUUUGAUUCCAACUUCUAAUCUAAUCAUUCCAUAAUAUUGAGGCCAUGAGAUGGAAUUUCUUGUGUACUAUUUGUCUUUUUUCUCUUAUUUGGCCAAGAAUUGGUUUCAUUAGUACUGGAGAACAAACGUCAUUAAAACAUUGCAAUAAAUAACA